UGGUCAGAGAACGACGGCCCCCUCAAAUAGCCGAGGUACCUGAGUACUAUAUAAAAAAGAAACCGUGUAGAAGAAGGCGCUUGAACAAUAAAAAAUCUAUUUAUAACGUCACUGGAUUGAUCAGAACUUUCCUCUGAAGCUAAAGAUGCUGGAGUGUUGGGAGUAGAAGAAGAAGCUGUAGAAUCAGUUGUGUUGAAGGUGUCGAGGUCGGCAAUUGGAAUUAUCUGAAAAAAAGCAAGUUAUGACUUUGCGCCUUUAUGGCCGCGCGCCUAGUUGGGCGUGUCCCUGGUAGGGAACCUCACCAAAAUGAAAAAAAGAAGUUGGGAUUAGAGACCGGAUCGAGAGCAGAUCUCGAACAAAAAUCGCGAUUAGAGCUCGAUUCUCGUACGACUAUUCACGUUUGGUCUCUAGUUGGGAUCCCAAUAACCUUAUAAAUAAAUCGCCUUUAAAUGAAUAGACCCUCGCGAAAAAUUCCCAGGCUGCGGCUACAAAAUUCAAAGACACAUAGCCAAGAGGAAAGGGAUUAACCUUAUGUUUUACAAAAAAAUGUGGACAGUUAACGAAAAAGUACCCAUUAAAAUCAAAUAAAAUCAUCGGUUUAAAAAAAUUAAAAAAAAAUACCACAGCAGAUCG